AUGCUGACGUUGCAGGGACUUUCUGCUGAGCAAAGAUCUUUGUGUUUCGUGAAUUCGUACGAGCCGUUGGUGAAGCAUGGCCGGAGCACAGCAGUAGUGUUGGCAGGGUGGACAACGAAUGCGCCAAAAGGCUGUCCCGGUCUCGCAACGACGGGGUUCAAACCAGUCGGAUGCUAUGGCACAACUGCUCUGCUUGCUGUCGUGCAACCCAUACACAAGUUGCGAUUCGCACAAGCUGCGCGCAUUUUCACUUGA